AUGGCCUUUAAGCUGUGGGAACGCAUUUCCCAAGCGGACAAUGUCUUUCAAGCCCUGCGACCUCUGACCUAUAUUUCUCUACUGGGUCUGGCUCCGUUUCGCUUGAAUCUAAAUCCCCGGAAGGAAGUUCAAACAUCGACGUACUCCUUCAUCGCUGGAAUUGUGCACUAUCUGUUCUUCGUCAUGUGCUUCGGGAUCUCUCUAGUGGAGGGGGAUUCCAUAAUUGGUUACUUCUUCCAGACUAAUAUCACCCGGUUGGGCGAUGGAACUUUGCGGCUGACUGGCAUCCUGGCCAUGUCCACCAUUUUUGGAUUCGCGAUGUUCAAGCGCCAGCGACUGGUCAGCAUCAUCCAGAACAACAUAGUGGUGGAUGAGAUAUUUGUGCGGCUGGGCAUGAAGCUGGACUACCGAAGGAUCCUACUGUCCAGCUUCCUCAUAUCCCUGGGCAUGCUGCUCUUCAACGUCAUCUACUUGUGUGUCAGCUAUGGGCUGCUGGUGAGCGCCACCAUCUCGCCCUCGUUCGAGACCUUCACCACCUUCGCCCUGCCACACAUCAAUAUCAGCCUGAUGGUCUUCAAGUUUCUAUGCACCACGGACCUGGCCCGGAGUCGGUUUAGCAUGUUGAAUGAAAUCCUGCAGGACAUUCUGGAUGCACACAUUGAACAAUACAGUGUCCUGGAGCUCUCGCCCAUGCACUCGGUGGUCAACCAAAGACGUUACUCCCAUCGCCUGAGAAACUUAAUCAGCACACCCAUGAAGCGGUACAGUGUUACCUCGAUUAUCCGCCUCAAUCCGGAAUAUGCCAUCAAACAAGUCUCCAACAUACACAACUUGCUCUGCGACAUCUGCCAGACCAUCGAGGAGUAUUUCACGUAUCCCUUACUGGGAAUCAUAGCCAUAUCCUUUUUGUUCAUUCUCUUCGACGACUUUUACAUCCUGGAAGCGGUUCUUAAUCCCAAAAGAUUGGAUGUCUUCGAGGCUGAUGAGUUUUUUGCCUUCUUCCUCAUUCAAAUGAUAUGGUAUAUUGUGAUUAUUGUGCUGAUAGUGGAGGCCAGCAGCAGGACGAUCUUGCACAGCAGCUAUACGGCUGCCACGGUCCACAAGAUCCUGAAUAUCACCGAUGAUCCGGAGCUGAGGGAUCGCCUCUUCCGGCUGUCCUUGCAGCUGUCGCACAGAAAGGUCCUUUUCACAGCCGCAGGACUGUUUCGCUUGGAUCGCACAUUGAUUUUUACAAUUACUGGCGCUGCCACUUGCUACCUCAUUAUUCUCAUCCAGUUUCGUUCAACCCAUCAUAUGGAGGAACCUGGCUUUAAUAUAACUCAGAAACUAAUAUGUCACCAACUUUCCGAUAAUUAA